ACAGGCGUGCUUUAUGGCACGGCUUCGUGCCGUCGUUCGUCUCCAGGGCUUGUGUAACCGGUGAGAGCGCGCUCGGCAGCACCAAGGUGAGAAAGCGGAGGGAGGGGUUUAAACUUGCCCGAGGCUUUGGGAGCCGAGCGACUGUCAUCCCUCUCUCCUUGGGGUUUAUAUGUGGACGCUUGCGCUGAUUUCUCCUGCUCCGCGGCAGACCCGUGCGCUCGGUAGUGUCGUUCAGGAGCACCGGCUCUCUCUUCCACCGGACCGGACCAUGGCAGACACCCACUGAAGCCAUCACGGAGAGAUACGCGUUUGUACCGACUAUGGCUGUAGACGCUGCGUCCAGCUUCAGCUUCUGUCGGGCUGCGCUGGAGCACACAGUCUCAGCAGAGGAGCUCAACUAUCAGCUGCCACGCAAGGCCGGGGGCAACCUGACCUGGCAUGAAGGACGCGGGCAGAGGGUGACGAGGAGGACCGUCAAACUGCUGCAGCAGCCCGGGACAGAAGGAAUACAGAUCCAGCCAGGAGAGGCCUUCACUGUGUACCACACCAGCCCAACGCUGUCCAGCUUAUGCAAACCAGUGGUGCUUUGGACCCAGCAGGACGUGUGUAAGUGGCUGAAGAAACACUGUCCUCACAACUACCUGACGUAUGUGGAGGCCUUCUCUCACCACGCCAUCACAGGUCGUGCCCUGUUGCGGUUGAACGGAGAGAAGCUGCAGAGAAUGGGUAUAAUCCAAGAGACACUGAGACAGGAAGUCCUGCAGCAGGUCCUACAGCUUCAGGUCAGAGAGGAAGUGCGUAACCUACAGCUGCUCAGCAGAGCUUCCUUCGGCAACAUUUCAUAGCUCGUCUAUCCUUUUGGCGGCUCUCUCGACUUCCCGGCAGAUACGGGAGGACUUGUUCCAAAAGGCUACAGACAGAAAUAGAGAGAGCAGAAAUCUGCCCGGCGGUGGAGCUGUGGACUGAUAACUCAACACCAGUUUAACAGACAGGACCGUCUUUUUAUGCAGAUCUGAUCGGGACUCAAAAGGACAAAGUCGGACUCUAAAACUGUAAUAUAGUGAUAAGAUUCAAGUCUCACCUCAUCUCUACAAAACCUAGCUCUGUCAGACAACAGUUGAGCAUUGGGUCAAGAAUUUUGACUUUAAGAAGUUGACUCCCAAUCAGAAGACGAACGCUGAUCUCAGAUCAAUUCAGAGCAGUUCAUCUCAUCUAGUGUUGGGAUGUCUGACAGACCUGCUUUUUUUUCACUCGUGGACGUAGAUGCAAUGCUGAAGAAAUCCUGUUUCUACAAGUGCGGGAACGUACUAUUCCUUCUCCUACCUCUCACGAUAGAUUGUAUCAUUUCAUUCGCAGAGAAUUAGAUGUAAGGCAUGAAGUUUGAUUAUCCAACAUCUUCCCGUUCAAGCUAAGGGGAUGUUCACGCCGACAAAAAAACACAGACUACAUGAUCUGAAACUGGAUAUUAUGGACAGUUUGUUUAAAAAAACGAAUGAAUGUUAAUAACAUCAGAUGCACACAACCAUCGUUUGGCUUUUCUUCUCAGGACGUUCAAAAGCUGUACAUUGUUCCUGCUGUUACCCUCAUAAAUUAUAUUCUCGAUUUCACUGUCCUUUAUAAAAUCUUGCACACGACGUAGCAGGUUUUCUCCUAAUAUACAAAGAAUAUAUCAGAGUACGAAUAUACCUUUGCUCUAGGAGUUAGAGUACAUGUCUAGAUCACUCGUAGAAGUCCCCGUCGUCCGAGCAAUAAUGUAAAGAGGUGCCACGUGUCUGCAUGGCUGGAGACGAAAUUUAGUUCUGCAACAUACUCUACGCAAGCAAACGCUUACAUCAAUUCGGUGUUGCGUUGAAUCCACAUCACACUUCAAGUACAGUUAAAGUUUUCUCUUUCAGGUCAAGUGGAGAUUGAAGAGAACACCAAAUAGUCGUUGGUUUCUAUGGAUGAGUGUGUUGGUGUUUGUUGGGUCGGCGCGGACGAGGCUGUGUUGUUAUUUCCGGCAUAAUAAUCCAAAAGCUAACUUUUAAUGUUUGUAGGCUGUGUGACCUAGGAUUUUGAGCAAUGAGGUUUGUUAUGUCCAAGAACUCAAGGGGACAUGUUAAGUAUGUACCGUACAGAGACCGUUUGUUUCCUCUGGCGUGAUAAAGGAGCUUUUGCGGAGAGAAUCGAAUUCUUUCCUUAUUGUGAUUUUGUCUUUAUUAGUGCUGAUGAAUCCCGAACGCUUCGACACUCGAGUACACUGUGACGCAGUGGCGUGUUUAAGGAAAGCUUGAACGUUGCUGUAUUACAAUGCGGUCAUUGUUCAAGGCUUUUACGCAACGCACUCAAAGCUGACGGAAAUCUGACACGAACCAUUUCAGUCCAUUCAGGUUAGAAACGUUUGUGUGAGAGAGUUCUCUCUGACGUAAUGAUAGAUGGGUUUCCAGAGCGUUUCGCUGAUUCGUGCAUUCUGACACGCUCUCUUCAGACAUGCAAUGGGUUUUUUUUUAUCUUGUUAUGCAAAAAUGUGAGGGGAAAUGAACAUUGGUUACGUAAUGACUUGGAACCAGCGUGAUUAUACAAGAAAUGGCGUGGCAAAGACAGCUGUAUGCGUGUGUUUUGGAAUAAAGUUUUCUAAGUACA